AUGUCUUCUUCUUCUCCAUCUUCACCCCACCAGAUCCGGCCUCACCCCACCAAGGGUCGUGGCCUCUACGCAACUAAGUCCUUCUCCCCUGGCGAUGUCAUCUUUCCCUUCACUCCUCUUAUUCUCCUCCCCACGGUCUCGUACCUCAAUAUCGUCUGCUCAUUCUGCCUCCGUCCGGGAAAUCCCCGUGCCUGUUCCCGCUGCCACGCGGCCUCAUACUGUGACGCGACGUGCCAAGCAGCGGCCUGGAAAGCAGUUCAUUCGCGAGAGUGUAAGGUGUUACGGCAGGGCAUUAAGGGUGAGGAUCGGAGGAGACGAUUACCGACGCCGACGAGAGCGCUGAUCCAGGCUGUUCUGCGUAAAGAGAUUGCAGAUGGAUUGGAAGAUCUAGAGGGUCAUGUGUUGGAAAAGAAGGCGGCGGAAGAUGAUGAAUGGAAGGAUAUCGAAAUCAUGGCCAUGGCAGCUUGUGCAUUUUCUGGCAAAGGUACGGCAGAAGAGGAUAUUCGGAAAGCAACUGAGAUGCUGUGCAAGAUUCAAAACAAUUCCUUUCAGAGAUUUGACUCCGACUUGGGCGUCAUAGGUUUGUUUCUCGAACCCACGCUGGCCAUGGCGAACCACUCCUGCAUUCCCAAUGCUGCAGUCCAGUUUAUUGGACGAAACGCUCUUCUCAUUGCUGAGAAUCCCAUUCGCGCUGGAGAUGAGAUUGAAUUAGCCUAUACCUUUUACACCGAUCCUUUGCCCAAACGAAGAGAAGCAUUGGCUCACUACAAGUUUGUUUGCCAAUGCCUUCGUUGCCGAGACGAUCUCAAUGUCUAUCAAGUCGCAGCCAUCUCCCCUACUGUCAAUCUCAACAGCCAGAGCCUCGUACCAGAUGUCUCCAAAUUCCGCCAUCAUCCUGCAACCAGCAACUCCAGCAAACAGUCCAUAAUCAAUCUAUAUGGCGAGUCAGCUGACUCCAUAGUAAGUAAUUUAGCAGAAAUCGAGUCGCCGUCAGAGCGGCGCAAAUUACUCAAGAGCGAGUAUAAAAAGCGAAAAGCUCUAGUCGAAGAAGAGCUCUGGGCCGUCACGCCACUACCAGACAUCCUGUUUAGGAUAUCCAUGCUAUACGGCGAGGAAGGAAACUUUACUCUUGCUCUGCCAGUAGCAUGCCUGAUCGCAACGGCCUGCGAUCCGUACCAAUAUACCUCGCCUUUCCAUCCCAUCCGACUAUCUGGCUUGUUCACAAUAGCGAACUUCAUUACUCAUACCGCUGCGACAACGGCUUUCCAAGAAAGCUCAAAUACACCAGUCUCCAAAAAGUCGACGCUGGAGCAGAAAAUCGAGCAAAGCUUACGAGAAAUCGAUCAAGUCUCGCUAUGCCAAAUGUUGCUCAUCAUGAUUCUCAAAUAUUCACCAGACAAGUAUGGCGCUAAGAUGGAUAUUGCUGUCAAAGCGCAGGCGCUUUUAGAUGAUAUUGAGAAAUUGGCGGGUAGAGAGCAGGAGACAUCUCUCAUUGAUGAAUGGCGGCGAAAUCCCAACGACGAAAAAUCUCAGGCUUUCUUCGAGUUUGCUGUUGUGAAGCAAGUGAAUGCCUUGGCUUGCCUUGGGAAAGAGAUCCUGGAGCGAGACUUUGGGAAUACCUCUGUUUAAAUCGAGUUUUAACCUGACCUUGCCCAAAAUUUCAAUCCAAAAGGUCGAGGGGCUAUGAUGUAAUAUUUACACAAGCGUCUCUCCCACAUGAUAGGGGGAAAAGGGUUAAUAGAUAAUCCA